AUGCAACGUCUGUACGAGGCUCGCAAACGCCUCGAAUCAGGAUCUGCAGAAAACGACGCACAUGAGGAAGUCUGGCUCAAAAGCAGGACUUCCACAUUUCUCUCGCCGAACAACAGCACCACAAGUCUCAUCUUGCCUAUCCCACGAGCGAAAUCGCCAAGUCCUAGUGUGUCAGCUUGGUCCAUGUGUGGCGAAUAUAGCAAGCCGUCGACGCCUGUGUCGCUUCAAUUUGAAGAUCAGCAACUGCAGGAGCGUCGCGCGAGUAUGAAAAACUCGCAGAAUCGACCUCCAAGUCUGACAUUAGACCUUAAAGACGUUCCUUAUUCGGCUUUCAUCGAUGCCGAGCGCCGGCGCUUGAGUGAAGUUCCAUCUGCAUCCCAAUCGCAUGAACCACUGCCGCCCCAACAUGUCGUACACGCGCUCGCAUCGUCGGCACCGGUACCACCUGACAAUUCUGGGUCGAGGUACGGCAUGGCUCCAUUCACGGACCUCGAGCGCGACGAGUGGGUUUGGCAAUGCGAUGAACAUCGCUCUCCCCGCAGUAAGGCGAGCGAUCCUGAAGCAAGCAGUGGCCAAGAGCAACCGUCAGGUUUGUCAUCGUCUCCGGUCUCAAAAUUGUCUCACGCGCAAGAAGAAUGGGCUUGGGUUGUGUCUGGCGCCGCAUACGGUCACCGACAAGACAAGCCAGCCACACCAUUGUCUACACCAACGACCAUGUCCGGUUGA